GGAACCUGGGGAGAGGAUGGCUCGAGGAGCCCCCCAGAAGUGGCUGGAUCCCUUCUACACCACCGUCAUCGAGGUGGCCAAUGGGGGUCCCUGGGGCGAGUGGGCCUGGCCCGAGAUGUGUCCUCAAGGCUUCGUUGCCAGCGGCUUCUCUCUCAAGGUGGAGCCCCCCCAGGGAGGGUCCCUGGACGACACGGCUCUGAACGGGAUCCGCCUCCACUGCACCCGAGGAAACUCCAAGCUCAACGCCCACGUGGUGGAGUCAAAAUCCGGAAGGUGGGGGUCGUGGUCGGAGCCGGAGUGGUGUCCGGGGGGCGGCUUCCUCCAGGCCUUCUCGCUGCGGGUGGAGAGCCCGGCCGGGCUGGGCGACGACACUGCGGCCAACGAUGUGCGCUUCCGCUGCUCGGGGGGCGCCGUCGUGGCCGGGCCCGGCCUGGGCUGGGGUCGCUUUGGGCCCUGGAGCAACCCCUGCCCCAAGGGCGUCUGCGGCCUCCAGACCAAGGUGGACCCCCCGAGGGGCCUGCAAGACGACACGGCCCUCAACGACGCCCGCUUCUUCUGCUGCAGUGACUGAGGGACCGGGGAGGGGACGGACCGGGAGGGACUGG